ACGACGUGGGCUAUAUACUCUCGAGAUGCGAUGCCCGUCUGCACCGCCUGCGCAUGCCCAGCAGACUACAUCUACACCACCUACAAAACCAAGUCCAACAUCCGCCUUGCAGUAUGCCCACGAUGUAAUCAGUUCGUUGAUCCUCUCAUCGAACACCCCUCUCUGCUACUGCUUCUGGACCUCGUCCUCCUGAAGCCUCGCGUAUUUCUGCAUCUGUUAUUCAACCGCGGGUCGUUGCCGUUCUCGGCUGUCUCGGAGCCAGCGUCAGAGAUCGAGCGCGAGACUGCUCGAAGGAAGCAGUUAUGGGAAGACUUUUCAACGCUUGCGUUAUUGAGUGUUGGCGCAGAGACCGCCGUUAGGCUUCUGCCAACGUUGUCCGGCUCGGAAGAUAGCUCUGACAUACAACUAAGUAAGAUAUUUUGGACCAUUUCAGCCGUCCUUCUUGAAGGAGCGGCCCAACAUCUCACGACUCUUGGCUUGAGUAUACUGGUGUUGAAACUGAGGGGUCAAAACUGCUCUGUUUCACCCUCAGAUGACAUGCACCCGGCAAGGCAAGACGGUCGAAGAAAGUUUUUUGCACCCAUCCUUAUUCCUCUAACGCUGUUGUACACUUCUCUGCUCCCACUUCUCUUCCAGCUCUUCCUCUUUCCGUGGUACUCCACCCAGCCGACGAUACACGAACAACCACCUUCUCCUUCCUUAUCGCUAUCUCUCCUUUCAUCUCUUCCCCUUCCAUCAUCCUUUACUAUCCCGCCCUCAUGGCUAGAGACCGAAAGGUUAUUGUCUGAAGCAUGGGCCAGGGGGGAUAGGAUAUGGGCUGGUACAAGGCUCCUAGGUGGGAUGAGUGCCGGCUAUGGUCUUAGAGUCCUUUUACCAACUAAGCCUUGGGAGACAACGUUGAUCGUUUUGGCCGGCUGGAUGGCCGCGGCGUUCGUAGGGAAAGUAGUUGCAGAGUUACCGUCAAGAUCAUGAGCGGAACAUGCAGAUGCUGUACACCCUGUCAGGGUCUAAAGUAUCUCUGACAACACUGGCGAAACAUUCGGCGAAUCCAUAGGGGCAUUUCAAUUUAUUUAGCGCAGUGACACCUUUGGCGCGGACUAUAAUUCCUUUACCCAUCAAAGUCAACCGCUCUUCUCCUUUCUCGAUUUGUCCUCGUCUUCCAUGCUAUGACUGUCAUGGAUCUCAACUAGCCUGAAGGAAUAUCAUUAGUGAAUACGACGGCGAUGCAUCCCUUUGUUUUGUCAAGAUGCGCCAGAUAAGGGAGUUUCAAAAAGCCAGUUCUAAACUCUAUUAAUUACGUUCUUUUAUCGA